UAUCCCGGAUUACAAUAUCAACUACCUGGUUAGAAAUAUUAUCGACUCGUUCAUCGCCGGCCGGGGAGACAAAUGGCGUACUCAUCGGCCCUGUUCUCUCCUGUUUGUUUCCACACUAACCCAAACCCUAACUCUAGAUUCUCUCCAAAGCUCAACAAAACAACUAGAAAACCCCUAAUUGCCGCCGCUAUUCCACAGCUCUCCACUGCCACCGACGUCGACGGCGCAACCCUCGCAGUAAUCGGCGGCAGCUCCGUGGCGGCCCUCGCCGCCGUAAUCUCCCUCGCCGACCCCGAGAAGCGCCGGCAGCUGCAGGCGGAGGAGGUCGGUGGGGGCGACAAGGAGGUGGUGAGGGAGUACUUCAACAACUCAGGGUUCCAGAGGUGGAAGAAGAUAUAUGGAGACACCGAUGAGGUCAACAGAGUACAGCUCGAUAUACGAAUUGGACACUCGAAGACUGUAGAGAAUGUGAUGAAGAUGUUGAAAGACGAAGGGUCUCUCCGAGGCGUCACCGUCUGCGACGCCGGCUGCGGCACCGGCUCUCUCUCGAUUCCGCUUGCGAAGGAAGGGGCCAUUGUGUCAGCAAGUGAUAUAUCAGCUGCUAUGGUUGCUGAAGCUGAGAAACAGGCAAGAGAAGAGCUUUUGAUGGGCAAGGAUGAGCUCUCGCCAGCACCGGUGAUGCCGAAAUUUGUAGUGAAGGAUUUAGAGAGCUUAGAUGGGAAGUAUGACACGGUAGUCUGUUUGGAUGUUCUCAUACACUACCCACAAAGUAAAGCAGAUGGGAUGAUUGCUCAUCUUGCUUCUUUAGCUGAAAAUAGAUUGAUUUUGAGCUUUGCCCCAAAGACAUUCUACUACGAUCUGUUAAAGAGGGUAGGGGAGUUGUUCCCUGGACCUUCGAAGGCAACAAGGGCAUACCUCCAUGCGGAAGCUGAUGUGGAGAGGGCAUUACGGAAGGUUGGAUGGAAAAUAAAGAAUAAAGGCCUAAUUACCACACAAUUUUACUUUGCAAUUCUUGUCGAGGCAGUCCCUGCUUAGUACGGAAGACAGGUCAGAUUUGUUUUUGCGUGAAUUUCUUUCAUUUAAGUUGCCAGAAGUUAGGCAAUUCUGUGAGUACUGUGUAAAGCCCUAACUUUUCCUUGUAUGUUGUCAUUCUCUUCAUGCAUCUAUGGGUUUAUGCAAUGUAUAUUAGAGGAUCCCGUAUUCAACUUUUGUUCACAUCUUAGCAGAAUUUUGUUGUUGUUCAUUCACCUAAAACUUCAAGCAUAGGUUGACUGUAUCAGUUAAUUCCAUCGAUUUACUUCAAAUUUCUAUUGUGUUGUUCUUCA